AUCAAGUCUAGGCUCUCUUUGGCCCCCACGUUGUAUAUCGACAGAUUUUCCACAGCAAAGAAAGAGAAAUCUAGAGAGAGAAAGCGAAAGAGAAAGAAACUUCCCCCCCGAGAGACGAAGAAUAUCAGAACAAACGGACGGACGAUUGUUGAUACCCUAAUUCGCCUAGGGCACCACACAUCAUCACAGCUCUGAUCUGGUUUUUUUCGAAACCUUAGAAAUCUCAAAUCCUCAAGCUCUCUAUUCGCUUCGUGUUUAUUGUGAAACCCUAGGUUUAUUGAAUCGUUCGGGGGUUGUGCCCCAUGCGAUUGUGUUGUGGAUUUUCAUGCCGCCGGCGCCGGAACCAGUGCCUUGGGAUCGGAAGGACUUCUUCAAGGAGAGGAAGCACGAGAGGUCGUCGGACUCCUUAGGGUCUGUGUCCAGAUGGAGAGAGACUCCUCACCACCGCGAGUUCCGCAGCAGACCUCCAGGUCACGGAAAGCAGGGUAGUUGGCACAUGUAUCCUGAAGAAUUUGGCCAUGGGUUUACACCAUCUCGGUCGAAUGAGAAGAAUCUGGAUGACGUGGGCUGCCGGCCAUCUGGGUCUCGUGGAGAUGGAAAUGCUGAUGUGAAUAGCAGGGAAUAUAGGGUGUCCUUCAGCCAGAAGGAUUGGAAAGGUCACUCCUGGGAAAACGGAAAUGGUUCAUGGCCGUUUGCUCCUGGCGGGCCGCUUGACGUGAGUUAUCAGAGGUCAGUCGAUGAUAUGUUAACAUACAAUUCUCAUCCUCAUUCUGACUUUGUAAACACAUGGGAACAACUUAACUUUAAAGAUCAGCAUGAUAAGAUAGGUAGUGUCAAUGGGUUGGGCACAGGCCAGAGAUUUGACAGAGAAAAUUCGAUGGGAUCGAUCGAUUGGAAGCCUCUUAAAUGGACUCGUUCAGGGAGCAUGUCGUCGCGGGGUUCGGGAUUCAGUCAUUCAAGCAGCUCAAAGAGCAUGGGAGUGGAUUCUGGAGAAGCGAAAGUUGAGGUGCAGGUCAGGAAUGUUACCCCUGUGCAGUCCCCUUCAGGGGAUGCUGUUGGGUGUGCGACAUCAGCUGCUCCAUCGGAAGAAGCAAGUUCCAGGAAGAAGCCUCGGCUUGGCUGGGGUGAGGGGCUGGCUAAGUAUGAGAAGAAGAAAGUUGAAGGCCCUGAUGAUAGUGCAACCAAACAUGGAAUGGUUGUUUGUGGUAACAUAGAAACUUUGCAUUCUCAUAUCUUAAAUUUGUCUGAUAAAAGCCCUAGAGUUACAGGAUUAUCAGACUGUGCUUCCCCUGCUACGCCCUCGUCGGUUGCUUGCAGUUCCUCACCAGGGGAGGAUAAACCAUUUGCCAAGGCAGCGAAUAUUGAUAAUUAUACUAGUAAUUUAAGCAGUUCACCAAGGCUCUUUUCUCAGAAUAUUGUUGAGGGGACAGAUUUUAAUUUAGAGAAUUUGGAGCUUACUCCAAUUGCUAAUUUAAGCUCCUCGAUUGGUGAAUUGCUUCAAUUUGAUGAUCAAGGCUCAGUGGAUUCUAGCUUUCUGAGAUCAACUGCUAUGAACAAGUUGCUGCUAUGGAAGGGUGGCAUUUCAAAGGCAUUGGAGAUGACUGAAUCUGAAAUUGAUUUGCUUGAAAAUGAAUUGAAGUCGUUGAUAUCUAAGUCUGAAGACAUUUGUCCUUGUCCGGCAGUAAUCAGUUCUUUGCAAAGGGAAUGUCGAGCAACACCUUGUGAAGAACUAGUUGUUACCACUGAUGCGAUUCCUCGACCUGCUCCCUUGCUGCUUGUUUCUUCUGGAGAUAUGAUUGUGGAGAAGGCAGUUGGUGGCUUCAAAGAACAUGGACAAGUUAAAGAUGAGGAUGUAGAUAGUCCGGGCACUGUAACAUUUAAAUUUGUUGACCCACUUUCUUCAGCUGAGGCUGUUACCCUGUCUGAAUCAGUGAAGCAUGGUGAGAGCUCUGGUGAUUUGGAUGCUCGUAAAUCUGGAAAGCAGGAGGUGAAUGGUUCCAAUGAGGAAAAGAUUGAAGGCUUAUCUGCUUGUGAGGGUGGUGGUCAACUGACAACUAGCAGGAGUUGUGCUGCUCCUGUUGUUACAAGUUUAUGUCGCGACAGAGAGGACACAUUGUAUGAUCUAAUACUGGCGUCCAACAAAGAUUCUGCAAAUAGAGCUUCCGAAGUAUUUAAUAAGCUAUUGCCAUCUGGUCAAUGUCAUAUUGAUAUUUUUAGAACCACCAGCAUCUCCAGCUUGCAGAAUGAUCCACUGAUUGAGGAAAAGUUUGCAAAGAGGAAGCGAUUUUUAAGAUUUAAGGAGAGAGUUAUCACCCUCAAGUUUAGGGCAUUUCAACACCUUUGGAAGGAAGAUAUGCGAUUGCUUUCUAUAAGGAAAUAUCGAGCAAAAUCUCAGAAAAAAAUGGAACUUUGUUCGCGUUCGCCGUAUAAUGGCUAUCAAAAGCAUCGGUCCUCCAUUCGUUCUCGUUUUUCUUCUCCUGGUGGGUAUUUGAGCCUAGUUUCUACGACCGAGAUCAUUAAUUUUACAAGUAAGCUGCUUUCAGAUUCACAGGUCAAGCUUUGCAGGAAUCACCUUAAAAUGCCAGCCUUGAUAUUGGACAAGGGGUCGAGCUUCAUUUCAAGUAAUGGCUUAGUUGAAGAUCCCUGUGCUGUUGAGAAGGAAAGGGCUACGAUUAACCCUUGGACAACAGAAGAGAAGGACAUUUUCAUGGAUAAACUUGCCACUUUUGGGAAAGACUUCGGAAAGAUUGCUUCUUUUCUUGAUCACAAGACAACUGCAGAUUGCAUUGUGUUCUACUAUAAAAACCACAAGUCAGAUUGUUUUGUUAAGAUAAAGAAGUCGGAGUUUUCUAAGAAAGGAAAGUCCUGGUCUAAUAAUAACUACCUGGUCACAUCAGGGAAACGGUGGAAUCGUGAUACAAAUGCUGCAUCCCUUGAUAUGUUGGGUGCUGCUUCAGCUAUUGCAGCUAAUGCCGAUGAUGGUAUGGAAAAUCAGCAGAAAUGUACAUCAAGGUUCUUAAGGGGGGUCACUAGUAAUUAUAGAGCAUCACAAGGUGAUGAUGGCAUGUUAGAGAGGUCGGGUAGUCUUGAUAUCUUCGGUAAUGAAAGAGAAACUGUGGCUGCUGAUGUCUUGGCAGGUAUAUAUGGUGCAAUAUCGUCAGAAGCAAUGAGUUCUUGCAUCACAAGCUCUGUUGACCCAGGAGAGAUCUACCGAGACCAGAAGUGGCAAAAGGUCGGUUCUUUGAUGAGAUGGCCUUUGACACCUGAGGUUACACAGAACGUCGACAACGAUACUUGUUCAGAUGAGAGUUGUGGGGAGAUGAUGGAUCCUACUUACUGGACAGACCAGGAAAAGUCUAUUUUCAUACAGGCUGUGUCGUCUUAUGGUAAAGAUUUCACAAUGAUCUCAAGGUGUGUGAGAACAAAGUCCAUGGAUCAAUGCAAGGCCUUUUUUAGCAAGGCUCGGAAGUGCCUUGGACUGGAUACAAUUGGUCCUAGGUCUGGCAAUGAAGGAAUGCCAAGAAAUGAUGAUACUAAUGACAGUGGGAGCGACAAUGAAGACGCUUGUGUUAUGGAGGCUGGUUCAGUUACUUGCAGUCAGAAAUCGGGGUCUAAAAUAGUCAAGGACAUGAUGCUCUCUGAUUUGAAUGUAAACCAUUUUGAAUCCGAUCCUGCAGAGAUCAUGAACACACAGGCUGAUAUAAACAGAUCAGAGAACAAUGGGACAGGAGAAAUUUAUUGUGAAGAUCCUGAGCUUCAGUCACAGAAUAUGGUUACUGAUGAAAAGCAGGCAGAGGGUAAACCAAAGUCAGAUUUUGAUGGCAUUAUUAAGAUGGAAAAUAAUGUCAAUAGUGUUCUUGUGUCUCCGGAUACUGAAGCUGGAGGAGAUGAAGCUAAUGCUGAGUGCACGACUGCUGGAGAAUCAUUAUUGGCUAAAGAGGCCAAUGAUCAUGGCAUAUCUGUGUCUGGUGCAGAGGGUGAUGCCAAAGCUGUAGAUCUGGAACUGGAGGGCCAACAAACGGCAUCAGAGAACGAUUUGAAUGAUAAGCAGGAGGAAAAUGGGCAUUCGAAUACAAGUGGCCCGAGUGAUUUAAAUUGCUCUGACCAAGACUUGCAUACGAACAAAAACGCUUCCAUUCUUGCUGCAGAUACAAUUGCUCCUUUGGAAUUUGAUGUUGACCACAAACAAAAGAAGAUUGCCCUGGAGUUAAAUCCUCCACCAGAGCCUCAUGCCAUUUCCUUGGAGCACAAUGUUUCUCUCGUAAAUGUGAAAACUUUCAACACAGAUGUGCCAUUAAGACUGGAUUUUGAAAAGGUCAGCGACAAGCCGUGUCAAAAAUCAGCUGGUGUGGAUGAUUAUAACCAGCAUCAGUCUGGCCAUUCUGUAUUGGGGUGUACAGACUCCUCUCAGAUUCUCAGGGGAUAUCCAUUACAGGUGUCUAUGAAGAAAGAGAUGAAUGGGGGUAUUGAUAUUGAUGUCGAUUCCAAGAAACUGGCUCCACUUCAAAGCCUCUCGAAGAUUGAAAGAAAUUUCCAUGCUGAUGUGUAUUUAUCGCAGGAAUGUUUUCUUCAGAAGUGUAACAGUUCAAAAGCACAUAGUUCAGUAGCCCAGCUUCCAUUCCUGUCCCAAGAACAAAAAAGCGAUCAUUCUAAACCCCCUUCAUGGAGGAGUUCGUCAGGCACGGAAAAACCAUCCAGGAAUGGUGAUGUGAAACUGUUUGGUCAGAUUUUGACUCACCCGUCAUCUCAUCAAAAACAGAAUGAAGAUAAGGGGGUUCAAAAUCCUAAGUUGAGCAGUCAUAAUUCGAACCCGUCAUCUCAUCAAAAACAGAAUGAAGAUAAGGGGGUUCAAAAUCCUAAGUUGAGCAGUCAUAAUUCGAACCUGAAAAUCAAUGGUACAGAUUCAAAUUCAGUUCCAGCAAAGCUUGACCAGAAUAAUCAUCUGGGAAUUGAGAAUGUGCCCACGAGGAGUUACGGCUUCUGGGAUGGUCAUAGAAUACGGACUGGAUUUUCGACUUUACCGGACUCGGGUAUCUUAUUGGCAAAAUAUCCGGCUGCCUUCAGUAAUUACCCUACUUCGUCGUCUAACAAGGAUCAUCAGCAGCCAUUGCAUUUGGCCGUGAAGAGUAAUGAAUGCAAUUCGAAUGGUGUAACGGUUUUUUCUAACAGAGAGAUAACUAGCAGCAAUGGUGUGGCAGAUUAUCAGUUCUAUAGGAGGAGCCAAGAGGGUGGUGCUAGAAUGCAGCCAUUUAAAGUCGAUAUGAAGCAGCGACGAGGAGAAAUGUUGUUCUCGGAGAUGCAAAGACGGAAUGGGUACGAGGCUGUCUCGAGUAUACAACAACAGGGUAGGGGUGGGAUGGUUGGAAUCAACGUUGUGGGGAGAGGGGGGAUUCUUGUUGGCGGAGCGUGCACCACCAGUGGUGUUUCGGACCCUGUGGCAGCGAUCAAAAUGCAUUAUGUGAAAUCCACCGAACAGUUUGGUGGUCAGACGGGUGGCAUUAUCAGAGAGGAGGAAUCUUGGAGAGGUAAGGGGGAUGUAGGGAUGUAGAAAUUUGGACUCUGCGGCAAAUUGUUUAUUUGUCGUCUUGUACAAUAGUUUUUGUAACUUCAUUUGCGGGAGCAAAAUUGUUAGGGCAGUGGACGGGUUGGGUCUCCUGUAUCCGUCAUUUUUAUUUUUUUUGGAAUUUUAGAUGGUUGCAAUAGUUUAGUUCAGCUUUGUAUUUGUUGUAUUUGGUGGAUAAUACAGGAAUAAUCUGUCAAAGGUUUGGGUGGAGGUGAGCAAGCUGGGUUUAUGUGCAUUCAA